AAGAUCACAGAUCCCGUAGGUGGCCCGCGGAGGGAUGCUCUCUGCGGAGCGGCGAGGCCAGCCCCGCUCCCCCCUGGCCGCGGACAUGGCCCUCUAUUGCGGUGACAACUUCAGCGUGUACCCGCAGGCAGCCACCGCCUCCUCCGGCGCCGCGCAGUCCCCCAGGGCUCCCUACGCUCUGCCGGACUACGCGCCGCCGCCGCCCACCGCGGCCAACCCCUACCUGUGGCUCAACGGGGCGGCGGGAGUCGGGGGGUCCUCGGCCGCAGCCGCCGCCGCCGCCGCCGCCGCCGCCGCUUACCUGAGUCCCGGACCGCCGGCGCCCCCGCCCCCGCCGCCCUCGGGGGGCUCCGCGGGCCCCUUCCUGCAGCCGCCUACGCCGCCCGCCGGGCCCUUCGGCUGCCCGCCACCCCCUCGCCCCUUCGCCCCCGCGUCAGCCCCGCCACCCCCGUCUGGCCCCGGGCCGGGCCCCGGCUCGCCCUCGGGAGGCGCCGCCGAGCUGGGCUGGCUGUCGCUGGCCAGCCAGGAGGAUCUGCUCAAGAUAAUGCGGCCGCCCUACUCGUACUCGGCGCUCAUUGCCAUGGCCAUCCAGAACGCGCCCGAGCGCAAGCUGACGCUCAGCCACAUCUACCAGUUCGUGGCCGAAAGCUUCCCGUUUUAUAAGCGCAGCAAGGCGGGCUGGCAGAACUCUAUCCGCCACAACCUCUCCCUGAACGACUGCUUCAAGAAGGUGCCCCGUGACGAGGACGACCCCGGGAAAGGCAAUUACUGGACUCUCGAUCCAAACUGUGAGAAGAUGUUUGACAAUGGAAACUUCAGGCGGAAGAGGAAGCGCCGCACGGAGCCCAGCGGCGGCGGCGGCGGCUCCUCCACCGCGGCCGGAGGGAUCCCGAAGCCCGAAGAAGGCGGCCCCCCCGGAAUCGUGGUCAAGCCUGAAGCCGGCGACAGCCCUCCCUCCCUGCUGGGCCCUUCCCCCUCCACUCCCGAGCCUCCCGAGGAGUCCAAGAGCGGCUCGCCUGCCAGCGGCCCGUUACUGUCCUCCACCCCCUGCCUCAAGUCCUUCUUCAGCAGCCUGGGCAGCGCCGGCAGCGCUGGGAGGAGCCACCAAGCCAGACACCUGGGGCUCCCGGGCGUUCCCGCGGAGCUGUCCGCGCGCGGCCUGCAGGGGGCGCAGCGGAGCGCGGCCGCCGGCUUCCCCCCCAGCUCCCUGUCCGAGGCGCAGCCCGACGCUUUGCACCUGGGCGGCGGCGGCGGCGGCGGCGGCGGCGGCCUCGGCUCCCGGCCCUCCUCCUAUUACAGCCCCUUCCCCACGGCUGGCGGCCAGGGCAGCCACUUCAACAACCCGUUCUACAACAGCUUCAGCGUCAACAGUCUCAUUUAUCCCCGGGAAGGCUCCGAGGUGUAAGUCCCGCCUUCCCGAGCGGCAGAGGGCCAAGGUGCAGGAGGCUGGGGGCCUUGUGUUGGUUGGUUGAUGGGAGAAAAGGCUUUUAUAAACUUUUGAAAUGUGCAAUUAAAGCCAGGUGCUGUGCACAAACUGCUUCCUCUUUUCCUUCAUCCCUAACAACCACUCAGCACAGGAUGAGCGCAGGGCUUUGAAAACACCCCGGAUUAGUGACUGGAUAUUUUCCUGGGGCAAGAAUAAGACAUUCUAGAGGAAAACUCCCAACUUCCUAGGCCCGAAAUGAAUUCAUGCUGGAGGGGGGAACAAGGAGUGGGAGUUCAGGAGUCCUGCCAUUUUAGGUGACUUGGGCUGCUGAUCGGUAUCAGUAUCUGUUGAAAACAUCUUGGAUCACCCCUUUCCAGAUGAAGAAGGGGGGAUUUUUUUGUACAGUUUUAUUUCUUUCAAUGUUUCCUUGAAAAUGUUACCUGAAAACCAAUACCAAAGAUACUAGUGGUUCUCAGGCUUCCUUUUGUGCUUUUACAUGAUGGAUUUUUAUGAGCUUUUGUAAAUACUAUUUCUAUAUGCAAUUUUAUAUUUGUAAAUUAAUACAAGUUGUUCUAAUUUAUCAUUUGAACAGGGGUAAAAUUUAUUUUUUCCUUAAAAAAAUAAAACGAAAAUCACUUUGACCACCAAGAAUCCCAUGAAAAGAUAA